AUGACGGCUACUGAACAACGAACAACCGGUUUAUUUCCUCAUCAGAACGGACGAACAUCUCCAGCCACAGUUUCAUGCGUUUCAGCUAACGUUGGUUCAAUAACAGACUUUCUUUUUUCUUCAUCACCACAUUCCACUCUAACGCCUUCGUCGAACAUUCCAGAAAAUGAAAUAUCUCCACAAUCGACUGAUGAAUGUCCGUCAUCACCACCACAAAUUCUCAUACAUACCACAAGUGAACAAUGUCUUGAUAUCAAUCAACAAACGACACCGAAUAUGAACCAAACAACCGUAUCCGAAAGUGAUACGGAACCAUCAAGUGCAGGAAACAAAGAGAAGCUGGGACAUCGUCGUGUUGAUGAAACCGGAAAUGUAACUUACAAACGUGUGAUGGUGGAUGAUUUAAUGAAAUCCCUACAGAUUGGUCUUAAUUAUGUUCUUGGUAAACAUCAUCAACCUCAACGACAAGUACUCUUGCAAGAUUUUCAACAGAUAGAAUAUCAAGAUUUUCCUCCAGAAGGUUCAAAAGCAACACCGAUACAUCCAUAUGCCGAAUUUCGACUGAAAACCUAUGCUCAAACGGCGUUUCGCUUUUUUCGUAAUGCAUUCGGUGUUGAUCCCUCUUCGUUUAUGCUGUCUUUAUGUGCUAAAGAUUUACGUGAUUUACCUAAUCCAGGUGCGAGUGGUUCAAUAUUCUACAUCACAGCUGAUGAUACGUACAUUAUAAAAACAGUCUCAAAGAAAGAAGCUCGUUUCUUACUCAGUCUUUUGCCCGGAUAUUAUAUGAAUCUGACUCAAAAUCCCUUUACAUUAUUACCGAAAUUUUUCGGUCUCUACUGUUAUCAAAGUGCCAAUAAGAAUAUACGUUUUGUCAUAAUGAACAAUCUAAUUCCAACCAAUGUUCAAUUGCAUGAAAAAUAUGAUCUAAAAGGAUCAAUUUAUAAACGUAAAGCUUCGGAAGAAGAACGCAAACGUGAUCUACCCACGCUGAAAGAUAAUGAUUUUAAAUCAUUGCAUCCAUAUGGUUUAAUACUAGAACCGUUCUUUCACGAUCAAUUAAUGCAAACGAUUGAAGACGAUGUUCGAGUUCUUGGUAGUUUCGAUAUCAUGGAUUAUUCUCUUCUACUUGCUGUUCACAAUAUCACCGAAGAAAUGAAAUCAACGCAGAAUUUAUCUCUCUUACCACCACCACCACUAUCUAUAGUAUCUCCAACUCCAUGCAAACGAACGCCUUCAGGAUCCGACAUUACUGUUAAUUCAGCAUUAAGUAUUCAUGAAGAAUUACGAACAACAACGUCGACAGAUUCCGGUAUUACAGUAACGACAGUACCGAAUCUACCGACAUAUAUUCAAUACAUACGUGUUAUUGAAUUCAUACGUAAUCAACAAGAACCUUCAGUAAGAACAUCAUCGGUUUCCAAUGUGGAGAACUCUGUAAUUGAUAAUCUCGAUACAGCAAGUAUAAAAACAGUCAAGCCAGAUGCUUCGCCAUUGUUAAACACGAACGUACCUACAGUUCAUGAUCAUCAGCCAAUACUUCGUCGAAAUAGUAAAAGUCCAACAAAUAUCCAUGAUGCAUCACCGCACCAUGUUACUAAUGCUUUAAUUGGCGGUGAUCUUUGGUACAAUCGACAAAACCUUUCACGUCUUGCUAUGGCUGGCAUUCCAGCUGUUAAUAAAAAUGGUGAUUUACUCUUGUUAUACGUUGGUAUCAUCGAUAUCCUUCAAAAUUAUCGACUACGUAAAAAAUUAGAACAUGCUUUCAAAUCGACCUUAGUAACACGAGAAGAAAUAUCUGUUUGUAAUCCAAGUCAUUACGGUGAUCGUUUUGUCAGAUUUCUUUCGCAUAAAGUAUUCCGUAAAGGUGGUCCUAAUGGCAACACAUUACUGUCGGAUACUCAGUCAAAUACAGAUCGAAUUACUUUGCAUAGUAGCAGAUUAUUAAAUGCUUCAUCAUAUCGUUCUCAAACGAGUGAUGAUAAUUCAUCAAUAGCGAAUAAUAACAAUGAAAUGCAUAAACUAACUCGGAAAACUGCUAAGUUCAACGAACUUUCUAUUCCGGUGAUUAAUGUUUUGACUAAUUCUAUUGUGAAAAUCGUUCGUACAGACUAA